CUCUGCUUAGUCUUAUUCCAUCGUCUUUCCAACUGCCUUUCUGCCUGUAAAAAUCGUGAAAUCCACGUCUGCCCGAUGUCUUCUCAAGCAUCCUCCUCGAAAGCCGGUCUGAGCUACACCGACCGGAUCCCUUUCCACUCGAAUGCGGCCGCCAAACAGCUCCUCGCUCUGAUGGACAAGAAGCAGACCAACCUUUGUGUCAGCGUCGACGUCACCAAGUCUGACGAGCUGCUUGAAGUAGUCAGGAGAGUAGGGAAGAGCUGUUGUAUGGUCAAGACGCACAUCGACGUGGUCGAGGACUACUCGCACUCUUUGGUGGAAGAAUUGGUCAAGCUGAGCGAGGAACUAGAGUUUAUGAUCUUCGAGGACCGAAAGUUUGCCGAUAUCGGCAACACCGUCUCCUUGCAAUACUCUUCGGGCGUCCACAAGAUCGCCUCUUGGUCUCAUAUCACCAACGCCCACCCCAUCCCCGGUGACGGCAUCAUCACCGGUCUCUCCUCCGUCGGCAAGCCUCUCGACCGGGGUCUCCUCCUCCUGGCCGAAAUGUCGAGCAAGGGCAACCUCGCAACGGGGGAAUAUACCCGACAAGCCGUCGAGAUGGCUCGCAGACACCGGGACGAGGGUUUCGUCUUCGGUUUCAUCGCCAUGAAACGUGUCCACGAGGAACAUUCGGCCGGAGCUGCCGAGGAUGAGGAUUUCAUGAUCCUCACGCCUGGUGUCGGAUUGGACGUCAAGGGCGACAAGAUGGGUCAACAGUACAGGACGCCCAAAGAGGUCAUCCUCGACAGCGGAUGUGAUGUCAUCAUCGUCGGAAGGGGGAUUUAUGGAAAGACGGACGAGCAAGAGGUCAAGGUCGAGGCGGAGCGUUACCGGUCCGAAGGGUGGAAGGCGUACCUCGAGAGGACCCGCAAGUAGACGUUCUUGCUUAUUUCCCAUGGGCGUCAUGAGAGACGCGACAUGACAUAUGCGAUGGUGGCUCUGAUCAUACGAAUACAACAUACGACUCGACAUCUCAACGAUCGUGAUUUGAAGACAAUGUAGUAUAAUAGGGGAUCUCGUAGCAUUCAUAACGAUGCGAUCUCGACACGUGCUUCAACAGAUCGUUUUCACUCUUGCGGAUCAUGGGUGAGAGAAGUCGUUACUUGGGCUUUUAGAGGGCGGCAGCCUUCCUCUUCUGCGCAGCACUGCGCGUGGCUCG